CUUCCUGGCGGAGCCAUGGCUGCGCAGCCGGCCGGUCCCGGGGCUCCGGCGACCCGGCCCCGCCGCCGCGCCCGCCCGGUCCCGCCGCCGCCGGGGUUCCCCGCGCCGCUGCCGUAGCGCGCCCUCCAGGGCUGCGAUCUCUUCUAUGAUGGAGGGAAGCCGGCAGACGAGAGUGUCCCGGCCGUACAAGAUCAGCGAAUCCUCAAAGGUGUACCACUGGGCCGAGCACUCGACCACGGUGCUGCAGCGGCUGAACGAGCAGCGUCUGCGCGGCCUCUUCUGCGACAUCGUCCUGGUGGCGGACGAGCAGCGCGUGCCGGCCCACCGCAACCUGCUGGCCGUGUGCAGCGACUACUUCAACUCCAUGUUCACCAUCGGCAUGCGCGAGGCCUUCCAGAAGGAGGUGGAGCUCGUCGGCGCCUCCUACAUCGGCCUCAAGGCCGUGGUGGACUUCCUGUACGGCGGCGAGCUGGCGCUGGACGGCGGCAACAUCGACUACAUCCUGGAGACGGCGCACCUGCUGCAGAUCUGGACGGCGGUGGACUUCUGCUGCGAGUACCUGGAGCAGGAGGUGAGCGAGGACAACUACCUGUACCUGCAGGAGCUGGCCUCCAUCUACAGCCUCAAGCGGCUGGACGCCUUCAUCGACGGCUUCAUCCUCAGCCGCUUCGGCACGCUCUCCUUCACGCCCGACUUCCUGCAGAACAUGUCCAUGCAGAAGCUGUGCGCCUACCUGGGCAGCAGCGAGGUGCAGCGCGAGUGCGAGCACGACCUGCUGCAGGCCGCCCUGCAGUGGCUGACGCAGCAGCCCGAGCGCGAGGCGCACGCCUACCAGGUGCUGGAGAACAUCCACUUCCCGCUCAUCCCCAAGAACGACCUGCUGCACCGCGUCAAGCCGGCCGUGUGCUCGCUGCUGCCGCGCGAGGCCAACUGCGAGGGCUUCAUCGAGGAGGCGGUGCGCUACCACAACAGCCUGGCGGCGCAGCCCGUCAUGCAGACCAAGCGCACGGCGCUGCGCACCAACCGCGAGCGCCUGCUCUUCGUGGGCGGCGAGGUCUCCGAGCGGUGUCUGGAGCUCAGCGACGACACCUGCUACCUGGACGCCGAGAGCGGGCAGUGGGUCAAGGAGACGCCGCUGCCGGCGCGCCGGAGCCACCACUGCGUCGCCGUGCUGGGCGGCUUCAUCUUCAUCGCCGGCGGCAGCUUCUCCCGGGACAACGGAGGGGACGCGGCGUCCAAUCUCCUUUAUAGGUAUGACCCCCGCUGUAAACAGUGGAUCAAGGUGGCCUCCAUGAGCCAGCGCCGCGUGGACUUCUACCUGGCCUCCAUCGAAGACAUGCUGGUGGCCGUCGGUGGCCGGAACGAGAACGGAGCCCUUUCUUCGGUGGAGACGUACAGCCCCAAGACCGACUCCUGGUCCUACGUGGCGGGCUUGCCAAGGUUCACCUACGGCCACGCAGGCACCAUCUACAAAGACUUCGUGUACAUCUCGGGCGGCCACGACUACCAGAUCGGCCCCUACCGCAAGAACCUCCUCUGCUACGACCACCGCACGGACGUGUGGGAGGAGCGGCGGCCCAUGACCACGGCGCGCGGCUGGCACAGCAUGUGCAGCCUCGGCGACAGCAUCUACUCCAUCGGCGGCAGCGACGACAGCAUCGAGUCCAUGGAGCGCUUCGACGUGCUGGGCGUGGAGGCCUACAGCCCGCAGUGCAACCAGUGGACGCGCGUGGCGCCCCUGCUGCACGCCAACAGCGAGUCGGGCGUGGCCGUGUGGGAGGGCCGCAUCUACAUCCUGGGCGGCUACAGCUGGGAGAGCACCGCCUUCUCCAAGACGGUGCAAGUGUACGACCGCGAGAAGGACAAGUGGAGCAAGGGCCCCGACCUGCCCAAGGCCAUCGCCGGCGUGUCCGCCUGCGUGUGCGCCCUGAAGCCGCGGCUGGAGGACAAGAAGAAGAAGGGCAAGGGCAAGAGGCACCAGGACCGGGGCCAGUGACCCCGGGGACCCGGCCGCAGGCGCCGCCGGCCCGCCGGAGCGUGAGGACCGGCAACGACUUCUCCGUAGCGUCCGGAACCAUUAUGUACUUCUUAGCAGCCUUUUUUACUUUUAUGAUUCUUGGUAUUUCUAUGAUAUCACAGUAACCGAUUAAAUAUUCUAUAUAGUUUUA